AUGACGCCUACACCAGCACCACCACCAGUCGCCGCCGCCGGCUCGCACGGGCCGGACAGCGAAGCGCCAUCCAUUCCCACCCACCGCUUCGCCAAGCUCAACCCUUUCAAGCCAUCGGACGAUGAAGGAGGCGACGACUUGGGUCAAGAGGCCGAUCUGGACCAUCUAGCCGGUGGAGGUCGCGUGAUCGGCAGCGCAGCAGACAUCGAUGAGCGCAAAAAGCUUCGCGUCAGUCAUGCUCUUCGCUCCUUUUUGGCUCAUCGCGCAAAGGAGAUUGCAGAGUCGGACAUUGGAGGAGGCGAAGAGGAGACGAGGCACUCGGUCGCUGUGCAGAAUAUCCUCGCUCGAUCCCAGGUGCACCAACCGGCUUACGUCGUCGAUCGCACGCACCCGCUCACCGAGUACUUUAUCAGCAGCUCUCACAACACCUACCUCGUCUCCAAGCAGCUGUACGGCAAAUCCGAUGCCAACGCGUACAAGGCGCAUCUGCAAGCUGGUGCUCGCUGCGUAGAGAUCGAUGCGUGGGAUAAUGAUCAGAGUCCAGAUGAACCCAAAGUGACGCACGGCUACACGCUCACCGCGCACGUCCCCUUCAGAUCCGUGUGCAAAGCUAUAGCGGAGCAGGUGGAAGCGGAGAUUGCCGAGGCCAAGAAUCGCAAGGAGCCGCUGCCUAAUCCGGUGUUCAUCAGCUUGGAGAAUCACGCGGGGCCGGCGGGUCAAGAACGCAUCUCUGCCAUUCUGAAGGAAGAGCUGCGCGACAAGCUGAUCACCGAGCCAGUCUCGCGCGGGCCAGACGGGCAGAGCGUUGCCACGCUAGGCGAUCUGGGCGGCAAGGUGCUGGUGAUGGUGGAGUGGUACGGUCAUACGGAUGCGGGAGAUGUGGCUGCCAUCACAGACGCCAAGGAAGAGGAGAGCAGCAGCAGCGAUGAGGAGGAGCGGGCGUACAAUGAGCGCAAGGCGAAAGCUCAGCAGUCCAAGAUCGUGCCGGAGCUCGCUGCAUUGGGCGUGUAUGCGCAGAGCAUGAAGCCGACCAGCAAUGCCUGGGUGCAGGGCACAUCCGACCCUUCCAGCACGCCUCACAAUGCACUCGUCAAUGUGGAAGAGCGAGCAGUGAAGAAGCUCAUCUCGGAAGGCGCAAGCGAUGGUCUCGUAUCGCACAACGCUAGCAACCUGAUGCGCAUCUAUCCCAAAGGACUCAGGAUCAAUUCCUCGAACCUCAAUCCCGUUCCCUUUUGGGGCGUCGGAGCGCAAGUGUGCGCUCUGAACAUGCAGACCUUUGACUACGCAGCUGGACUCAAUGAAGCCAUGUUCGCGAACACUGACGGCUGGGUACUCAAACCGCCGCAUCUCCGCAGACAACCCGGGCCAAAGCCUAGCGGCAAAGUACAGCUGCGUCUAGAGAUUGCUGGAGCGACCGAUCUACCCGUUCCCGACGAUCGCGAAAAGGACAUCAAGCCAUACGUCACGUGCAGUCUAUACCAUCCUCAAGCCACCGGCUCGCCAGAAAAGCGCAAGACGAGCCACUAUCGACCUCACAAGCACAAGCAGCUCUUUGGCAAGGAGCAGCCACCUGCCACCAGUCCCAUUUGGGAUCCUCCCGAGCAGCUCGAAUGGCAAUUCGACAACGACGACUUGACCUUUUUGCGUAUCCUCAUCAAGAGCGACGACGCCUUUGCUCGCAACCCGGCCUUCUUGACCACCUCGAUCAGACUGACUUCUGCGCCAAACGGCCAGUGGACCUUUUUCCGCCUGCUCAAUCUGCGAGGUGUGCCAACAGCAGCCACGCUCCUAGCGCGCUUCACCCUCCGACAAGUCUGAAGAUCUGCUCGCCCUUGUCAUCUGCCUGCUCCCCUUUAUGCUCGCUCUCUGGUCCACGCUUGUCGUGCACGAAAUCUUUAUCUGAUGCGCUCGACUUGGCCCUCAUAUGCCUGCUCUAUGCGUCUCUCCUCUCUCUCUCUCUCUCUCGCACCGAUCGUGAUCGAAGGGAGAUUUGUGACAUCCGUAUGGUCUAAUUAGCCUCGUGUGGAGCUGCUCCGUAUCUUUGACAUGGAGG